AAAAAAAUUCCCAAAAAUAAGUGAUAAAUAAGUUUGUUGGAACCUAUAAAACAGGGAUUUCGGUGUCACGGCACCAAAACUCCGAACUCUUAACUCUUCUCCUCAGCUCAAUCUCUGAGAGACGACUACUCUUCAAAAGUUCAAACGAAAUCCCUUCUCAGUACCUCUAUCUGCAACUACUAGAACGAUAAUUUCUCUGUUAGUUCAUUCAAUCCCAUUUGUAAACAGCAGUGUUUCGCCGGAAACAAUCAAAGAUUUUCGAAUCCCAUUCGAAGAAUCCUCGUGAUAUUGCUAAAAAUAGCAAGUUUCGGUGGCUGACGAAGAAAUCGUUACUCCUCCAACUACGACUACUGUGAUUCCAGACAGUUAUUCGCUUUCCUUUCCCGGUAAAGGAAGUUUUCUGGGUUUCCCUUUUUUGCAAGGACUAACUUUCCUUGUAGUUUCUCCCCAUUUGUUCUUCUUCCUUCCCUCCCUCCCUCUUUCCUUCCUCUCUUUCUCAGUAUUUAUUCUUCAGUUCUGGGUUGGCUUUUUCCCUUUGUUCAACAGUUCCCUGUUGCCUCCUCUCAGCUUUCUCUAUCCUCUUUAUUCUCUUUAUUCUCUCCUCGUGUGGUUGAUUCGUAAAGGAAUCUAUCUAUCUAUCCUUUUUCAUCUCCUAUUUCUUCCCCUCUCCUUCUUUACCUUUCACUUCUGGACCCUUUUGUUUGUUUCUUUUUUUCUCUCCAAUGCUUGGAUAGAAGAAGAAUCAGAGAAAAAUCGAUUGGGGAAAUGGAUCAAAGUGUUUUCUCUCCUAUCAAAUACUCCGAGCACCGCCAUGUCACUAAGAAGCUCCUCAGACCCUCGUCGGCGAGGUCUAGAAAUGUAGGUUGCCGCUCCCAGUGGGAGUCAAGCGCCUCCGGUGGUCCAAAAGUUGUGAGGAUCUCCAUCACCGAUGCCGAUGCCACAGACUCCUCAAGCGACGAGGAAGACCAACUCUUCUGCCGCCACCGUGUGAAGAAAUACGUCAGUGAGAUAAGUAUCGAGUCAUGUUCCCGGGAUGAAAGCUGCGCCACGGGAAACUGGACCAACAGAUCCGUAAGGAACAACGGUCGGAAAAGACUUCCCAGACCGGCGGAGACUCAGGUGGGUCGCCGGCCGGUGAAGCUAUCUGUGUCUAACAACGGCAAGAAGUACCGUGGCGUAAGGCAACGGCCGUGGGGCAAAUGGGCUGCAGAGAUUCGAGAUCCUGCGCGACGUAUACGGCUAUGGCUGGGUACUUAUGAUACCGCCGAGGAAGCGGCUAAGGUUUAUGACAAUGCGGCGAUUCAGUUACGAGGUCCCGAUGCCAUGACCAAUUUCGCCACUACCACUACCACUACAACAACUACAGUACUUAAACCCAAACCAGAAGUACAGACGACGACGUCUACCAGCUACGACUCAGGCGAAGAAUCACCUCACAACCUCUCAUCUCCGACCUCCGUUCUCCGGUUCCGUUCUGCUCCAAGUGAAGACUCCGAGUCUCAAAACCGACAGGAACCGUUUAAACAAAUCAAAGAAGAAGCGUCUUUACCAGAACCUCAACCUGAAUCUGUACCUAGUGGUGGUUGCAGUAGUGAUAAUAGUACCAGUACCAGUACCAGUGUGAGUGGUUGCGAAGGAGAAGGUGAAAUCUUCUUGUCUUGUGUAGAAGAUACACCUUUCUUAAACGAUUUAAUGGAUUUCGAAACACCGGCGCCGGAGCUGUUCGAUGAGUUAAACUUGCCGGACAAUUUUUUCAGUGUAGAUUUCGGCGAUAUCUUUCUCGGUUCAAGUGAAGAUAUCGGAUCAUCAUCAUGGCGCGUAGAUGACUUCUUUCAAGAAAUCGGCGAUAUAUUCGCUUCUGAUCCUCUCGUUGCUCUCUGAUAACGAGUUUUUCACCGUUUUCCGUCGUAGGUUGUCGAUUCAUCGGCAGAUUUUGUAACGGCGGGAACCAAAUAUCAGCUAUUUUAUUUAAUUUUUAUUUUUGAUUUUUUUUAUGUAAUUUUGGUUUUUAAUUUGUUGGUUUUGAGAACUGUGAGAGACAAUUGUAAUUUUGAGUUGAUAAUAUGAGUUUUUUUUUUAAUGUUA